AUGGAUUCAUCGGGGUCGCAGGGCGGUGGGCCGAGGACCUAUUCGCACAAAUCUACAACCACAGCUCCAAGGCAACUCCCCACAGCCUCCGGUGAAACUAACAUAAGGAUACAUUCCACUCGUCUCCUUAAAAGAAAUGAAAGGUACUUCAACUCACUGAUGAUGCAGACUACGAUGCCGGCCAAACGUCUGACAAUCUACCAGGUCCACGUUCUUACGCAGGGAAUUAUGAUAACUGCUAUGACAGAUGACUUCGGACCAGACAACAGACAAAGUUGCGACAUCGAGGUCAACCGACGUCUCUAG